AUUGCAGCCAAUUUGAAGAGAACAUGGAAGAGCUGGAUGAGAGGAUGCAGGAGUUGCAGAGCCAGAUUUCGGGCCAGGAGGAGCACUGGAACAAUAUGCAGCAUCAGUUCAGCGAUGCAAUUGAAGAGAAGCUGGAUCGCCUGGAGCUGAAGGCUUUCCGUAAGCACAUUGACGAGGCCUGGAACAGGAACAUGGAGGAACUUGAGAACAGGCUGUUGCGUGAAAACGCUGCUGGGAUUAAGAAGCAGCUGCCAGUCCCUUUCUCGUGCCUGUCCUGUGACCGCAUGCUCACCGUGCAGGUCCCUGGCCAGUACCCCGAGACACUCCCGUAUUUGCCGCCGCUGCCCCCCAGCAAGGAGCCACCGCACAGCCAAAGGAGGCCGAUUGUCCAUGGCAGUGUCCCCCGUGUGCCACAGAGCUCUGGGGACCGUCAGAGCAGCAGUUUCAAACUGCCCCCCAUUCAGGAUUCUCUCCGGAACAAGGCAUUUCCGCAGGGACUCGUCACCCUUCCCAACAAGCCCAGAGUGAGCCAGCUGCUGGGCAGGGGUGGACACAUCCCGAGGGGCUGCAAUGACCAGCUUCCUGUGCUGACCAGGACACUGGAUGAGCCAGGUGUGGCCCUGUCAGGGCACGGGGAUCAGGGGAGCAGAGACUGGUUGUCUGCUGGGUCUGCGCCUGGUCCCUGGGGGUCUCUGGCCAAGCAGGUGACCCUCCUGCUGCCCUGUCCUGGGCUGGCUGAGCUGAGCCAGACGGGGCAGCCCCGGGGACUGGGGGCUCACCCUUGCCUCUCACCCCCAGGCCCUGCCACCUCCUGGGACCACCGGCCAGGCACUGCCCCCCGACACGUCUCCAGGGCACCAGGGCUCCUCCUGCCAGCCCAGCCUCGUCACACUUCCACAGCCCUCAAGUAGCCGGACAGGACUGGGAACCCAGUGCUCCACCAGGGACGUCUUCUCAGCAGACAGAGAAGUCUGCCACAAUUGUUGUCUGUUAAAUCAUUUUUCGUUUCAUAAAUAAAAGUCUUCUGAAAGACAA